AUGGAGAAGAUGGAGACUAAGCAAUCCUUUGAACACGACGACAAUGUCGUCAGCCCAAAGGAUGUAUCGUCUACGAUUGACGACUAUGUGCCCGGUACUGAGGCAGAGAAAAAGCUCGUUCGCAAGAUUGAUCUCUACAUCCUGCCUAUGAUGUGGUUGAUGUACCUCUUAUCCUACAUGGACAGAACCAACAUCGGUAACGCGAAAAUUGCCGGCAUGGACAAAGAUCUCAACCUCGAUUCCAACAAGUACUCCGUCGUCCUAGUUGUCUUCUUCGUCGGAUACGUUCUCUUCGAAGUGCCUUCCAACAUGAUCCUCACACGAAGCCGACCGAGCCAAUAUCUUCCUGCCAUCAUGUUUAUCUGGGGUGGUGUUACAAUUGGCAUGGCAUUUGCUCCCAACUACGAGUCCCUGAUCGGCCUUCGAGUUCUCAUGGGAAUUCUCGAGUCGGGAUUUGCUCCUGGUGUACUUCUCCUUCUUUCGUCUUGGUACAAGCACGAGGAGCAGAGUAAGCGGUUCGCCGUGUACAUCUCUGCUGCCAUUCUCUCUGGAGCUUUUGGAGGUCUUCUUGCUGGGUCUAUUACCAGCGGUCUUCAUAACGCGCACGGAAAGGCUGGUUGGAGAUGGUUAUUCGUUGUUGAGGGCGCUGCCACUAUGGGAGUGGCUAUGAUUGCCUACUUUGUGCUUCCAGAUUUUCCCGCCAAUACGUCCCGGUUCAAGUUCAGUGAAGAGGAGAUUAAGCUUGCCAUUCGAAGACUUCAGAGCGAUCAACAUGUUCAGACAGAGGGUGAACCCAAGUUGGGCCACUGGGCAGCUUUCAAGCUCAGCAUGGUUAACUGGCGUACUUGGCUAUUUGUUGUUGGUUACAUGGCCAUUGUCGGAUCUUCCACUCUCUCCUACUUCUAUCCCACCCUCGUCAACGGGUUGGGAUACGGAGCUACAGACGCCCAGUAUAUGACCAUUCCGAUCUUCGGUGUCGCCUUUGUCGUCACUGCCAUCACCGGUUACUUGGCUGACAAAAAGAGCCACCUCCGCGGCGCCAUCCUAUGCGGCUGGAUGUCCAUCGCCAUGCUCUGUGCCAUCAUUAUCUGUGUGGUCUACGACUUCAAGGCGCGCUACGCUUUACUCGUCAUAAUGGCAUCUGCACUCUGGGCUUCCAAUGGUCUAUCUCUGUCGUACGCCUCGACUACCUUUAGCGCCAUGCCAAAUGAGACUCGAGCCAUCUCACUAGCUUUUGUCAACGCCAUGGGUAAUCUGGCGCAGAUUUAUGGAGCCUAUCUUUUCCCAGUGGCAGACAAGCCCAAGUACCUGAAGGGAUUCGGCGUUAUCAGUGGAUUAUGCUUUACUGGAGCUGUCUCGUAUAUCGCUCUACAUAUCCUGCUCAGAAGACACAAGCAGAUCUAA